UGUGUGGCAGUCUGUGGCGGUCUGUAGCUCGAAAUAGCGAAUACCAGAGAAAUGGAGUGUAGUUACGUUCGUGCAGUGACGAUGGACUGAAGUUAUGGUGGAUUAAUUAGAUUAAAAUAUUAUGAACAAGGAUUAAUAUGUCCAUAUACGGGUCUAGGUGCCUUUCUGCUUCGGCAUGCCUAAUCUCUGUGGCCUUACUUCUUCACACUCGGAACACCAUCAGUGCCCAGCAAAGUGAAGGUUUCUUCAAUGGCUCAUCAUAUGUCCGACUGUUCUCACCAAUCUCUCUCCAUGGACAUACAGGACUCAGUUUUCGGACGUGUGUUGGGGGGGAAUUAUUCUCUCAGACAAAUGGUGGAAACUCAAUCUCUCUGGACGUACAGACAGACAGGUUGCUGUUCUCGGUAAUGGUCCAGGGACAGAAUUUUGACACACAACUCAAUGUCCGGUUCCUGGAUAAUAACUGGCAUACUGUGAACUUGCUGUAUCGGCUUGGAAACCUGACGCUGUCUGUCAUGGGGCACUCUCAGGUUGUUGCCAAUUCAACCUACAAUUCUGAGGUCCUGAACCACCCUGAGUUAUCAAAUGAGAACUCAGUUCUCAUUGUUGGAAAGGGCUUCACUGGAUGUUUACUGGAAGGUCCAAGUAUUGUGUUCAGCAGACCACUGGUGCAAGCUCACAAUGUGGAAUGGGGGCCCUGCCCUCAUACCAUCAACAGUUGCACGAAAAUGGAUCACUGCCGCAAUAAACCAUGCCUGCUGCAUGGAGAAUGCAUCUCCCUACCUGACCGGUACGAGUGUAAGUGUGCUGCCGGGUACUCUGGCAACAACUGCGAGAUUAAUAAUGGUUCCCCAUGCAGGCGCAACAAUGGGAACCCUUGUAGAAACAAUGGUCGUUGUGAAGAAGAUGCAGUUGGGAAUUAUCACUGUUUCUGUGAAGGAAGAUUCACAGGCGUCCACUGCGAGACGGAAAUCAGCUCCCACCUCUGUGAGAGCAAUCCCUGCCAAAACAAUGGCAGUUGCCAUGUGUUAGACUCCAAUUAUGAAUGCACCUGCCUGCCAGGUUUCACGGGACAGGACUGUGAGACUAACAUCAAUGAAUGCCUGCCAAAUCCUUGCCUACAUGGAGGAAACUGUGUGGAUGGAAUAAAUAAUUACACCUGCCUCUGCGGCCGCACUGGGUACAAGGGCAUGAAAUGUGAGCAGAAUAUUAACGAGUGUGAAAACAACCCAUGCCUGAACCAGGGCAGUUGCUUUGACACAUAUGGCAGCUACACCUGUCAGUGCAUGCGAGGUUUUGGUGGCCAGAAUUGUGAGCUUAAUCUAAAGGAAUGCAGUUCAAAUCCAUGCCGUAAUGGUGGGGUUUGCAAAGAUUCAGUUGGAAGUUACGAGUGUCAGUGUUUCCCUGGCUUCACUGGUACUAACUGCGAGGUCAACAUCAAUGAAUGUGAACCUGGUGUCUGCCCAGCAGACAUGGAAUGUGUUGAUGGUGUUGGAACCUAUCAGUGUGUCUGCAGAUCAGGUUACCCAGGCACUUCUCUGAAUUGCACAGGGGUUGGCCUGUGUCACAGUACGCCAUGCCUCAAUGGUGGUAUCUGCACCGACUUGGGUGACCGUUACAACUGCAAAUGUCCUGCUGGCUUCUCUGGUGUGCACUGCGAACGCGCUUCACUACUUGACUGGUGCAUUGCUGUACCGUGUAGGAACGGUGGCACCUGUAUGGGACACAGUUGUGAAUGCCCUCCACAGUUUACAGGCCACGCAUGUGAGACAAUUGUCCAGUGCUCUACCAACCCCUGCCAGCAUUCCUCAAAGUGUCUGGACUAUAGUGAUGGCUACUACUGUGAGUGUGAUCCUGGGUGGACUGGUCCAAACUGUGAGAAUGACAUAAAUGAAUGUCACUCAAAUCCUUGUCGCAAUGCUGGCACCUGUGUUGAUACUAUCAAUGGAUUCUAUUGUGAAUGUGCAUCUGGAUUUACAGGUAACACAUGCAGUGUGAACAUUGACGAGUGUGCAUCGGGACCAUGCCAGAAUGGAGGCAUCUGCAUUGAUCAUGUGCAUGGCUACAAAUGCAACUGUAGCGAGGACUUUAUGGGCGACAACUGCGAGCUUGAGUAUGAUGUGUGUGGACUUCUUCCAUGCAGGAACAACGGCACUUGCAUAAGCAUCCACAAUAAACGUGACUAUCAGUGCCGCUGCCUCUCAGGAUUUGAAGGUGCUAACUGUGAGGUAAACAUUGAUGACUGUGUCCAAGCAAGCUGUCCAGACAACAAAGUAUGUAUCGAUGGAGUGAAUGACUAUGAUUGCCGCUGUCGGCAGGGUUUCACAGGUGAUAAUUGUACCACAAGUAUUGACUUUUGUGAGGAUAACCCUUGUCAGAAUAAUGCCACCUGUGCCAACACUUACGGCAACUACACGUGCAUCUGUCCAGUUGGCAUCAGUGGUCGAGACUGUGAACAUGACAUUGAUGAAUGUUCGAAAUCACCAGAACCAUGCAACAAUGGCAUAUGUGUCAAUAGUGUGGGAAGCUACCUCUGUUUCUGCAGUCCUGGGUUCACUGGUGACCACUGUGACUUAGACAUUGAUGAGUGCUUGUCACAGCCUUGCCGAAACAAUGCCACAUGUGAGAACAGAAUAAACAGCUACCAUUGUGUCUGCACACCUGGUUUCACAGGGAAGGACUGUGGCAUCGAUAUUAACGAAUGUGCAUCAGUUCCAUGUAAGAAUGGAGCAACAUGCAUCGAUGAUAUUGCUGCCUUCAGGUGUGUGUGCCCUCCAGGUCUCACAGGCACUCUCUGUGAGAUUGACAUCGAUGACUGUGAGCCCUUGCCAUGCCAUAAUGAUGGCGUGUGUGUCGAUGGAAUCAACAGCUUUCUGUGUAACUGCUCAGACACUGGCUACGAAGGUUACCUCUGCGAGAAAAACAUUGAUGACUGUCUCACUGCCCCAUGCACCAAUGGAGCUGAGUGUCAUGAUGGUAUUAAGGACUACAAUUGCAGCUGUUUUGAAGGUUAUGCAGGCAAGAAUUGUGAAAUUGACAUUGACGAGUGUGAGAGCUCACCAUGUCAGUAUGGAGGCACCUGUCUGGAACGUUCAAAUCAGUCUUUAUACCGACCGGCAGGCUCCCAGCCUGCUCUUUUCCCUGAGAAAUUCAACUACAUGUCUGCCAGUGGGUAUAAGUGUGUUUGUGUACCAGGAAUUACUGGUGAGAAUUGUGAGAUCAAUGUGAAUGAGUGUGACCCAGAACCUUGCAUCCAUGGGUCCUGCAAGGACGUCAUUGGAAGCUAUGAGUGUGAGUGUGAAGAUGGAUACGAAGGAACCCAGUGCGAAAUAGAGAUUGACGAAUGUGAACGCUACACCCCAUGUGUUCAUGGCACAUGCUCAGACCGGAAAGCAAACUAUUACUGUGAUUGUGAGCCAAAGUAUGGUGGGAAGAACUGCUCAGUGGAACUGACAGGAUGCUUGGAUGGGCCCUGCCUCAACAAUGGUACCUGUAAGCCCUAUCUCGAGAACGAAACUAACCAAAAGUACAACUGUUCAUGUCCAAAUGGUUUCCAUGGACAGAAUUGUACUGAGGUGACCACAAUGUCCCUUAAUGGCUCAUCCUUAAUUCUGGUCAACACGACCCGUGAGGAGGGCUAUGAUAUUCAGUUUCGAUUCAAGACCACUCUCUCGAAUGGGUUGCUUGCCAUUGGAAAGGGUUCAACAUUCUACAUUCUUGAGCUAGUUCAUGGGAAGCUCAAUCUGCACUCAAGCCUGCUCAAUAAGUGGGAAGGUGUAUUCAUCGGCUCAAAACUGAGUGACAGCAACUGGCAGAAGGUUUUUGUUGCGAUCAACUCUUCACACCUAGUCCUGGCAGCAAAUGAAGAGCAGACGAUCUACCCGAUCAACCUGAAUGAGGCCACCAAUGUAUCCUAUACAAGCUUUCCAACAACAUACCUGGGAGGCACACUGCCAUACCUGAGCGGCUUAACACAUGGUCCAGCCUCAUUCAUAGGUUGUACCGAGGAUGUUGUCAUCAACGGUGAAUGGGUUCUGCCUAACAAACACGUGAAAGAGGCGCCGUAUGUGCCCAUUACACUGAUGGGUGUGGAGGUGGGGUGCCCACGUGAGGACCAAUGCAAGCCAAACCCAUGUCACAAUGGUGGCACAUGUACAGAUCUCUGGAGGAACUUCACUUGUGCAUGCGAGCGUCCAUAUCUUGGACACACCUGCCAGUACAAUUUGACAGCGGCAACGUUUGGCCAUGAGAACAUUACAGAGAGCCUUGUGACUGUGAUGGUGAAUGACAGAGCCCGUAGAUCAAUACGUAACGUUGUGGACAUUUCAAUGUUCAUUCGGACCCGUCAGGAGGAUGGCACAAUCUUUUACUUGGGUUCAUCAUCAGGCAUCGGCUCUGGUGAGGAGACCUUUAUCCUUGCUCAGUUGGAUGCUGGCGAACUGUUGGUGAAGAUACAGUUCAGUGGCACACUGGAAAAAUAUACUGUGGGAGGUCAAAAGCUGGCUGAUGGGUACAACCAUCUUAUACAGGUUGUGCGCAAUGUAACGCUGGUCCAGGUGAAGAUGAAUGGGACAGAGUAUUUCCGAAAAACUAUCUCUGCGACAGGUCCACUUGAUGUGAACGUGUUAUAUCUCGGAGGCAUGCCACAGAUGGGGCGUACCAUUCGCCAAGUUGAAGCAAUUCCAGAUCGAUCUGAAAUUACAAAGCCCCCAGUGAACUUCAAGGGAAUCAUACAAGAUGUGCAGAUUAGCAAUGGGAAUCGCAUCAUGGUGGUUGAAUUCUUUCCUCUGGGGGCGGAUGAUCUGGAGAUUCCUCCUCCGUUUGGUACUGUAAGCUUUGAUAAAACGAUGGUACUGGAGGGAGUUGUGUCUGACAACUCAUGUAGGAGCAAUCCAUGUGAGCACAGUGGAACCUGUUUUGUGACAUGGAAUGAUUUCAGCUGUGAGUGUCCACGUGGAUAUAAGGGUAAGAUGUGCCAGGAGAUGGAGUUCUGCCAAUUGCAAAACUGUCCACUUGGCAGCACCUGCCAGAACUUAGACAAUGGCUAUGAGUGCAUUGCCAAUGCUACAUUUGAUGGUCAUAACACAUCACUGAGCUACUCUCUUCAUGUAACUAGCAACUUCAGUAUUAAGCAGCUCGACACAAUCAGCAUAACAUAUCGCAGUCGAACAGGUGGCACCAUGUUGUAUAUUAAUUCUGGUACCGAGUUCUUCUCAGUGUCGGUGUACAAUGACGAGGUGACUGUGGCAUGGAAGUUCAAUGUGAUGCCACUUGGGCAGGUCUACAGGUUCCGUAAGGAUGAGCCAGAUGGGAACUGGACCACAGUUCUUAUCAGAAUGGACAACAAUGGCAUCAUGGGAAAGUUCAGCUUCGCUAGUGAGGACACCGCACAGAGCUUCUCUGCUUCCGUCUUCCCUCUGGAGUCAUGGAAAAAGCUGGUUACAAGCAGCAAGAUUAUAUUGGGAGGAAGGGCAGGCGUACAGGACAACAUUGCUUUUGCAGAUGGAGUGUCGGUGUCAAGUAAACACAGUUACGUGACUUUUGGUGGAGAGGGCUUUGACACAUUGGGCACUGGAGCGAAUGAGAAUAGAGUGGAUUACACAAGCCUACCCACAGUCACAACCUCAGCCCUUCCCUCUGCCCUAGAAGGCGCAUUCUUCAAGGGAUGCUUAGGCGAAGUUCGGAUUGGAGGUCUCCUACUUCCGUACUUCACCCCUGACCAGCUGUAUUCUGACAACUCCUCCACACAGGACUCUUUUGAAUUGUCUGCACCACGGAAGAGGGUAUAUGAUAUGGAAUCAGGCUGUCGGUUAUGCUUUGAAAGUGAAUGCUCAAAUGGCGGUCAUUGUGCGGACCCAGCAGAAUCAUAUGUCUGCAAUUGCAGUGCAGGCUUUGAGGGUGAUGGCUGUACUGCAAACAUCAAUGAAUGUGAGCAGAACAGGUGUGAAAACAAUGCCACCUGUAUCGAUGGUAUCGCCAAUUAUACCUGUCACUGCCAGCAAGGCUGGGAGGGUUGGCUAUGUGAUGUUGAUAUUGAUGAGUGUACAUCAAACCCAUGCCAACAUGGCGGGACGUGCAUUAAUGGCUUGGGCAAGUUUGAGUGCAACUGUACUGAUGAGUACAUGGGUCUGUACUGUGAGAAUUUCAAACUCAUCACAUGUGACAACUCACCAUGCCUGAAUGGGUCCACAUGCACUGAUGUGAAGAACUCCAAGACAGGGGACAACUUUACUUGUACCUGCAUGGAAGGUUUUGUGGGGCCAGUCUGCAACAAGCCAUACUGCAUGGAGCAGCCGUGCCAGCACGGAGGCACUUGUGACCUGACGGGGGUGGCCCCGCUGUGUCGCUGUUAUCCAGGCUACAGGGGAAAGUACUGUGAGGAAGAUAUUAAUGAAUGUGCAGAGGGACCAGACAAGGCUUCUCCAUGUAAGAAUGGGGCCAACUGUACUGAUGGCAUCAAUAACUACAUAUGCAACUGUUCUGGCACUGGAUACAAAGGACUCAACUGCACAGAAGACAUUGAUGAAUGUACCAGAGAUCUGUUUCUAUGUGGGGCAGGUUCUUGUGUUAAUAUCCCUGGCAGCUUCAGAUGUCAAUGCCCAGAAGGGAAAUGUGGUUCCCAGUGCGCUGAUGAUGACCCAUGCUCCGAAAAACCUUGCAAGAAUGGGGGCAUAUGUUUUGAAAAAUGUGAUUCCUCACCUGGAGACUAUUACUGCGAGUGUCCUGUCGCUUUCAAAGGAAAGAACUGUACUGAGAUGUUCGCGGAAGAAGCAAGCCAUAAUGCGGUGGACAUCGCCAUCAUUGUGGCACCCAUUGUAGGCCUCAUUCUUCUUGUGGCGGCAGUGGGCCUGAGUGUGUUCAUUACAAUGGCUCGCAAGAAGCGUGCAACUCGAGGCACAUACAGUCCUAGUCAGCAGGAAUAUUGUAACCCUCGUGUGGAAAUGGACAAUGUCAUGAAGCCGCCCCCAGAAGAAAGGCUUAUCUAGGUGCGUAGGCAAGUGAAAAGUUACGUCUAAAGGACUAAAAUGUUGUUGAGGGGAAGCAUGAUAUCCCUGUUGAAAAUCUCAGUGGGCUGCAACAGUGUAAGUUGAGCAGUGAGACCAGGCUUCAAGUGAAUGCCCAGUUUUAAGACAUGACAAGAUGACUUUUAACUCCAUAAUAUUAUUUUAUACUCAUCUUUAAUCUUCAACUUGUAUCUUUUGUGGAUAUGGACAGACCAGAAGUAUUAUUAUUUUUUUUAAGGACAUAAAUGUUCAAAUAAUAAGGCUGGCUACUUCGUGCAAUUUCUAUGCUAGUACCCCACUGAUAUUCAGGACCUGGCCACCAUUUACAGUUUUUAUGCUAAGAUCUGGUUGACAUCAGAGGCCCAGCCUCUAUUUAUAAUUUUUGUGUUAGUGUCCAGCUAGUUACCUUUAUGAUGUGAUGGAAGGUAAGGUCAUCCACAGUGCGUAAUAUUGUAGCAGUAAUUAUUUCAUUUGCCUGCUUAAAUCAUAUGCUACUAUUUGUUCUAUUCUCAAAAUGUCUUCUCAUAUCACUUAACCAUUUCACAAUAAAUUGAGGACUUGUCACAAUACUGUUAUAAGCACAGAGCAUCAGUUGCUCAGUAAACAAACUUCUAUACUUUGACUUGCAUGCAAUAAUAUAUCAAAGUGCAGCACACAAAAAAGGGAUGUGUUCCUGAAAAUAGAUCUAUAUAAUAAUAUUACAUAAUGCAGACCCUCCUCUUCCAUUGAUUCUCAUGCUGUAUUUAUAGAUAUGUUCCUGUGUGACUUUCUUGGUGCACAGCUGUAAUAAAGAAGCACUUUUAUACCCAUCAGUGAUAACAGUAGGCACACAAAAAUAAACUUCAAAUAUCUUGUUCCAA